AUGGUUCUGCCAGAUCUUAACCAAGCCAAUCAUAAGGAGGUUUCAGACAAAGAGAAGAAAUUCUGGCUGCGGUGGAUUGGAGUUUGUGAAGAGAAAAAGCUUGAAUCUGUUGUUUCUCAUUUCUGGCCAACUGCACAAGGCCGUUUUUUUGUUGAAUUUACACGUCAAAUUCUUGAAGGGCAGCAAAUCAUUUCCGAUCUUGAACUUCCAAAAUCUUCUUCUUUUCGUGAACGCCUGGAUUCUAUUGCCUUGUACAGAAAUUCUGACGCCGAUGUACCAGCGAAAUGGCUCUACGUAUUUUUAUUCGAUAAAGUCACAGUUUGCUGGAGGCUAGCUGUAACAACAGCCUCUGAUGCGUUGCUGGUUUGCCGUCUUGAUGCUCAAUUUCUGGAUGUAGAUAUUGCACGUUUCUUGGCAUUACAUGGGAUUCCAUUCUGCACUUUGCUGACUGAGCUGCUUAUGCCGCACUCAAUAUUGUACCCCGAUGUUGAGUUAUUUCUUCCACAGCGUCCUGCCGGAUACCACUUUACCAAAUUGGAUUAUGAGGCAUAUCUGCAAUGUCGAUCAUGA